ACUUUCAAACAACUGUCAGACUACGCCAGAGACAGCAAGGUUCAAAGGCACAGCAAGCCAAAUUUAUCUGGGACCAGAAGAAAAUGAAUGGUUUUUUACCAUGGAACUUCAAAACAAGUUUCCAGGAUUUAUUAUUCAAUGGCAGGGAAACAAGUGACCAGGAAGAGGAAAUGAAUUCAGAAAUUAUCCUUGAACAGAUUCUUAUAAAAAGGUCACAGCAGAAAAAGAGGACUUCUCCCCUCAACUACAAGGAAAGAAAUUUUGUGCUAACAAAGUCAAGGCUUACCUACUACGAAGGACGCCCUGAGAAGAAAAACAAGAAAGGAUCAGUUGACAUUACAAAAGUCAGGUGUGUGGAAAUUGUAAAGAAUGGAACGGACUCUGUCCCUUGCCAAAACAAAUAUGCAUUCCAGGUUGUCUAUGAUAACAGCACACUAUACGUUUUUGCACCAACAGCCGAAAUCAGGCAACAGUGGGUGAAAGUUCUAAAAGAAGAAAUAAAGAACAACACCUACAUUUUAGCAAAAUAUCACCCUCAAUUCUGGGCAGAUGGGGUUUAUCAGUGUUGUAGGCAAACAGACAAAUUAGCUCCAGGAUGUGAAGAAUAUAAUCUUUUUGGAGAUAUUACAAGAAAGCCUCUGCCUCCAACUCCAGAUGCAAUCAUGUCACGGCCUCCACCCCCUCUCCCUCCAGAAGAAAAAACAGAUGGAGAAAAGGGAGAGAGAGACGAAAUGGUUAUCGCAAUGUUUGAUUUCUUUCCAGCUGAAUCACACGAUCUCGCUCUGGUCACUGGAGAAGAAUAUGUCAUAGUCGAAAAAAAGGAUGCCCAUUGGUGGAAAGCAAGGGAUAAAUAUGGGAAAGAGGGAUACAUUCCAAGCAAUUAUGUCACAGAGAAGAAAUUAGACAAUCUAGACCAGUAUGAGUGGUAUAGCAAAAGUAUGAACCGAAGUAAAGCAGAACAGCUCCUUAAAAAUGCAGAUAAAGAAGGAGGUUUUAUCGUUAGGAAUUCAAGCCAAGCUGGCUUAUACACUGUGUCACUUUAUACUAAAUAUGGAGGGGAAGGCACCUCAUCAAUAAGGCACUACCACAUUAAAGAGACUGCAUUUCCAAAGCAGUACUACCUUGCAGAGAAACACAUCUUCAGUGCAAUCCCAGAAAUGAUUGAGUAUCACAAACACAAUGCAGCUGGCCUCGUUACCAGACUGCGAUAUCCUGUAUGCUCCAAAACAAAGUCGGCUCCCACGACAGCGGGUUUCAGUUAUGAUAAAUGGGAAAUAAAUCCGUCAGAGCUUACGUUUAUGAAAGAAUUGGGAAGUGGUGUAUUUGGUGUGGUACGUCUAGGCAAAUGGCGAGCCCAAUACAAAGUUGCCAUUAAAGCAAUUCGAGAAGGGGCAAUGUCUGAAGAAGAUUUCAUAGAGGAAGCUAAAGUUAUGAUGAAAUUUACACACCCCAAGCUAGUUCAAUUGUACGGUGUUUGUACACAGCAUCGGCCGAUCUAUAUUGUAACUGAAUUUAUGGAACAGGGUUGCCUCCUGAAUUACCUCCGACAAAAGAAUGGCCAGUUCUCCAGAGACCUUUUACUGAGCAUGUGUCAGGAUGUGUGUGAAGGAAUGACAUACCUAGAGGAGAACAAUUUCAUACAUCGUGACCUGGCUACCAGGAACUGUUUGGUAAAUGAUGGAGUAGUAAAGGUGUCUGAUUUUGGAAUGACGCGUUAUGUACUGGAUGAUCAGUAUACGAGUUCCUGCGGAGCUAAAUUUCCAGUAAAAUGGUCUCCACCUGAAGUUUUCAAUUACAGCAAGUUCAGCAGUAAAUCAGAUGUCUGGUCAUUUGGCGUAUUAAUGUGGGAAGUAUUCACAGAGGGGAAGAUGCCCUUUGAGACAUAUUCAAACGUUGAAGUGGUGGAUAUGGUGACAAGAGGAGAGAGACUGUAUCGACCGAAGUUGGCAACAAAAAGAAUAUUUACGGUUAUGAUGGCUUGUUGGCAUGAGAAACCAGAAGGAAGACCCAGAUUUUGUGAUCUGAUGCUUGCCAUCGGUCAGAUACUAGAAGAAGACUUUUAGGAUGCUUCUGUGACAACCAUCCACAUCGACGAGGAAGAUACAUUUUGUGGAGAGUGUUUAUGUAAUCAGAAGGAUUUAAAUAUUCAAAACAUCCGUUUUAUUUUGAUGGACAGAGUAUGCAUUUUUUAUUUUCUUUUAAUUUGUCACACUAAGGAGAAAUUGCUGAUAGUUGCCCAACGCACAUAAUGUUGAUUAAAAAUGGUAUGAAGUUUUUUGAUAAUUUUAUCACUGUAUUUUCUUUUUGUACAUGUAAACCUGUGAUCCUACUGAUCCUGAUCAAUUCUUUUUAACUGUUGUGAUUUACUUUGCUGAUGUGUACCUAACAAGUUUGAGCUGUACAGUGUACAUAUUUAAAUAUA